AUGAGUAUUAUGGAAUAUAAUGGAGGGUCCGUAGUGGCUAUGAGAGGGAAAAAUUGUGUCGCAAUCGCCUCUGAUCUUCGGCUGGGAAAUCAAGCGUUGACCGUUGCAUGCAAUUUUGACAAAGUGUUCCCAAUCACAGAAAGAGUGUUUAUCGGACUUCCAGGAUUAGCAUCAGAUUUGACGACAUUACGUGAAAAGUUUCGAUAUCGUGUAAAUAUGUACAAGAUGAAAGAAGAACGUGAUAUUCAACCAGAAACAUUUGCACAUUUGGUUUCAAGUACAUUGUAUGAAAAACGAUUUGGACCUUAUUUCGUCGAACCGGUGAUCGCUGGUUUAUCAUCACCUGAUGCACCUGAACCAAAUGAGCCUUUCAUUGCAGCUUCUGAUUUGAUCGGAUGUUUGAACUUUGCCAAAGAUUUCGUUGUUUCCGGAACAGCAAGUGAUAAACUAUUUGGUAUGGCAGAAGGAUUAUGGGAGGAAGAUCUAGGACCGGAUGAGCUUUUCGAAACAAUCAGUCAAACACUGUUAGGUGCACUGGAACGAGAUGCAUUGAGUGGUUGGGGUGCUGUCGUCCGUGUAAUGUGA